AGGCGAGGACAGUCCAGAAGUAUACGGCAGAGCUCACCGCAAGCCCUGCGGCAACAAGGAAAAAGCAAACGCUACCUCCCCUUACCACGAGCCAUACUACUACCCAACAGCGAAAGGAGCACAGGGCGCACACUACACACCCAGAAGGAGGCCGUCCAUGUCAAAGAUGAGGCUGCUACUCGACAAUGCAUGUACAUGGCUUGUCAGAAGUAAAACCCGUAGAGUUGCAUGGGACUUACUCCCAGGCAUACCAGUUGAUAUUUUGAGCAGGUGCUUGGAGUCAGUAAUGAACUGGAUGAGAAAAUAAACUGAAGCUUAAUCCAAAAAAGACAGAAGUGUUGGUGGUAUCUUUUUGAAUCAUCCUCACCUUAAAACAACAGAAUGAUGAUCCUUUUUCAUGUCAUGCUUUAUCUGUGGCCAGUAAGCAAUGCUAUGAAUGAAAGGAUUUCAAAGCCCAAUGUAGUCUUAUUCAUGGCUGAUGAUCUCGGCAUUGGAGACUUGGGAUGCUAUGGAAACACAACUCUAAGAACUCCCAACAUUGACAAGUUAUCUAAAGAAGGAGCAACACUGACUCAACACAUAGCAGCCUCACCACUAUGCACCCCAAGCAGGGCAGCUUUCUUGACAGGCCGGUAUUCUGUCAGAUCAGGAAUGGCUAGCUUGCAUAAAGUUGGAGUCUUGAUGUUUUCUGCUUCUUCUGGUGGACUCCCUACUGAAGAAAUAACAUUUGCUAAACUUCUACAGCAGAGGGGUUAUUCUACAGCUCUUAUAGGGAAAUGGCAUCUUGGGAUUAACUGCAACAGCAGUGAUGACUUCUGCCACCACCCUUUAAAUCAUGGAUUUGAUUACUUCUACGGGAUCCCUCUGAACAAUCUUAGGGACUGCAAACCUGGUCAUGGAAGUGUGUUUAUCAGUGGGACGAAAAUUUACAUUCUUCCAACACUCCAGAUCACUGGGAUUGCUCUAAUCUCUUUGGGGGUUCUGCAUUAUAUUGGCCUUCUCAGAGUUUCACAAAGAGUACUGAACUACUUCUUCUUCAUGGUUACAGUGAUAGUUGGAAUCUUGCUGUUCUUCUUUUAUAACUUUCGGUAUCUUAACUGCUUAUUGAUGCGAAACUACAGUAUUAUCCAGCAACCCUGGAACUAUGAGAACCUCACUCAGAGAUUUACAGAAGAAGCCACAAGAUUUAUAGGAAGGAACACUGAUGCACCAUUUCUUCUUUUCCUGGCUUACCCUCAGGUCCAUACAGCUCUUUACGCAUCCCACACUUUUAGAGGAAAAAGCAAACAUGGAUUAUAUGGGGAUGCUGUGGAAGAAUUAGACUGGAGUGUAGGACAGAUUCUCCAUGCAUUAGAUCAAUGGCACUUAAGUGAGCAGACUCUUGUGUACUUCACAUCUGAUCAAGGAGCACAUCUUGAAGAAAUAUCAAGCAAUGGAGAAAUCCAUGGUGGUUGCAAUGGAAUGUAUAAAGGUGGAAAGUCUACAAAUUGGGAAGGAGGGAUUCGAGUGCCUGGUCUCCUCCACUGGCCUGGAAUGUUUGAGCCUGAUAUGUACAUUGAUGAGCCCACAAGUAAUAUGGAUAUAUUCCCCACAAUUGUUAAACUUGCAGGAGGAUCACUACCGAAUGACAGAAUUAUUGAUGGACAUGAUCUGAUGCCCUUGCUUCAAGGCAUUGCUCUCCGAUCCAAGCAUGAAUUUCUCUUCCAUUACUGUAAUGCAUAUUUAAAUGCAGUGCGCUGGCAUCCAGGAAACAGUAAAUCUAUUUGGAAGGCUUUUUUUUUCACUCCAAAUUUCAGUCCCAAAGACUCCAAUGGCUGCUAUGAUUCUCAUGUGUGUUUUUGCCAUGGAAAUGCUGUCACGUACCAUGACCCACCAUUGCUUUUUGAUCUCUCCAAGGACCCAGAAGAAAAAAAUCCACUAACACCAGAAACUGAGAACCAUUUCUAUGAAAUCCUUCAAGCCAUUCAACAAGCAGUGAGCAACCACACCAAGUCACUGGCAGCUGUUCCCAACCAGUUUUCAGUGGGAAAUAUGUUGUGGAAGCCUUGGCUUCAGCCAUGUUGUUCUUCCUUCCUCCAGUUUUGCCAUUGUGACCAUGAGUCCUCAUGAGAAAAAAAAAAUGCCAUUAUUACUGUACAAUCACACACAUGCUUUAGGGAUAAACAAAACAUAAAGGGGGGGAAAUCAGAUCAAAGUGGCCUCUCCUGAAUAUCUAGAUUUUACUUAAAUAAUCAAUGAUGUGUAAUGAUUCUAGUGUUCUACAAAGAAAUAUCUCUCAGUUUCACAGCCCCAUAAACAGGCUGGGCACUUUCAGUGAUAUUCACAGACAGGCUGGUGAAAGUGUAUACAUUUUCAGAGUAAAGCAGACUUAUAAGUGAUGGAGCAUCUUUCUUUAACCCAGUGGGUCCACCAUCUGUUUUGUCCACAAUGCACCUGGAAUGUUGCUAUGUCAUGAUGUUGCAUCAUUUCUAAUAGGUCAUAUAUGAUGGCCUGGCUGGCUGCAAAGCACAGUUGCUUCCAGCCUCUUGAAGUGACCAGCCCAUUUUUGACAAAAGGAGGGAGGGUUAAGGAAGGAUGUUGGUGAACUCACUCUGAAAAUUUAUAUACUUUUUUGGGGCCCACUGAAAAAUUGCACAUUAAUUUUGAAAGCUAUGGAACAGUUCUAAAUGAUGUUAGACAUACAAACACAUUAUAGUUUAGCUGAAAACAUUUCCAAAACACUUGUAAGUAGGUAAGUACUUCACAGACACAUUUACCUUUAUUUUAAGCAUCUAGUAUAAACCCUUCUUGCCCUUUUUUGUUUAAAUUAGUAUUGGCACACAUGUGCUCCCCCUUCAUGUGUCUACUGAAAAUGUGAGGGUAUAGCCAUGCCUCCAAAUGCUGAUAUUUGCCGGUCAUCACACCUCCCACAGCCACAUGAUCUAUGAAGUGUAGGAACUGAUUAUACUGAAGUCCAGUCUUCACUACAGUUGCACUACCUAUAGUGACAUCUUCUCACUGGAAGAUUGGGCAAGUGUAUAAGAUGUUUUAAGAACAUAUGGAAAGCCUUCUGCAUCAGGCCAAUGGCUAUCAAGUCCAGCGUACUGUUCUCACAGUGGCCAAUCAGAUGUAUAUGGAAAGUCCAGAAGCAGCACCUGAAUGUAAGAACACUCUUCCCAGAGUCCCCUUUACAAACUGUCAACUGCAAUACAUAUUAAAAAGCUGUUAUGAAGUAUUAGGUACAAAGAGCCAGUGCAGCUGUUUUUGUGGUGGUUGAACUGCCUUAAGGGGUAUGCAUAGAUGAGUCACUCUCCCAUUCUCAUUACAUCUGUUAUCGUAUCCCUUCCACUUAAUUCUGUGUCAUAUCACCCAAGAGCAUCUUGUAUGGCUAAAGUCAGGGCUUGCCUGAGGUAAUGGAUAAGAUGGUUGUGCUCCCCAAUUUCAUGAAGACAAAGUGAUUACAUAGGCAGUUGAAUUUUAUUUCAACACUGGUGAAGGCAAAGCAUGCUCCACCAGACCUAAGGGCAGCAGAACAGCUUAGGCUGAGAAGGGCAGGCCCUAUGGCUUAGGCUGUAUUCACAGCAUUUAUUUAAAGGAUGUGACUUCCCCCAAAGAAUCCUGGGACCUAUAGUUUACACCUCACAGAGCUAUAAUUCCCAGCACCCGUGACAAACUAGAGCUCCCAAGAUUCUUUGGGGGAAGUGAUGUGAUUUUCAUGCAUGGCAUACAUGCAGCCAAACAAAGAUCUGUCUCCUUGCUGCCAAUCCCCACCACCCACCACCUGCCCCCUAAGGUGGCCACCUCAUUCUACCUAAUGUUAGGAUCAGCUCUGCAAUUUGAAAAUAAACAUAUUGCCUUCACAGUCUGAAAACAAAAUAGGGGGAAGUAUCAACUUGUGACUAUGAUAAAUCAUAUCUCAUUAGAUGACUUGAGCUGUUGGGAAAUGGCUAAUUGUAUUAAUUAUUCACAAGCAUCUUUGAACAAUAUUAUAAUAAUACUGAAGCACUUUUUUACAUGAGCCAUUUUAAUAAUUGUUUUCUCAAUUAUUGCCCAAAGUGCCAAAAAUCUUAUGUGUAAAGUUCUUAUCUAAGAAAUGUAAAUUAUGUGAACAAUUGGAUCAUAACCAACCAGAGUUUACAGAAAUGCAUAUAUUAAGGGAAUGUGUAUAAAAAUGAAUAUGUUUGUGAAAAUAACAUACAAAAAUGUAUUAGGAGAAAUAGCUUGCAAAAAUGUGUACCUUAGUAAAAAAGGCAUACAAGAAUGUGUUUUUAGGAGAAAUUUGCAUUAAAACACUGAAGAAUUUUCAUGAGGAUAUUUUUAAAGUGAACUGCUGCCAAAAUUUGGAUAAUUGAAUUUAAGAUUGGAAAAAAUAAGAAACUGAUAGAAACCAAAUUGACAGAUCUUUCCAUUCCUUAUUUCCAAAUAAGUGUGUAAAGGAUUACAGCCUAACUUAAAUACAAAAUUAAUAAGCACAUUCUAAAGAAAUCAGUGUAUAAAACUGCUAAUUUUGUAGAAAUUUAAAAAAUGUCCAUAUGAUACUGCACUGAGAGAUAUUGUGAUCAUGAAGCCUCCCUUGGUAGUUUACAGAGAAAUACCGCAUUAGACGAAUAGGUCUUUGGUUGCUAUUGGAUGAGCUGAGCUGAUCAAAAAUAAGGGCAGGGAUGUAGGGACUGGGGGAAGAAAAAAAUACCUCAGAAAGGCAAUUGAAAAAGAGAGCAUAAAGGCCUAAGAAAGGAAGGCUGGUAAAUUAUUUGGUUCAAGGAAAUUAAAAGAUGAGCAUAGGAACAUAGAAAGCUGCCUUAUAGGAAGCUGCCUUGGUCCAUCUAACUCAUUAUUGUUUAGAGUGACUGGCGGUGCCUUUCUUAGUUUUUUCCAGGCCUGCCUGAAGAUACUGGAGAUUGAAUCUUGGACAUUCUGCAUGCAGACCACUUGCUCUACUGACAAAGGGUAGAGUACAAGGAGGUAAUGGGGAGGGGAGAGAACAUGAAAAAGAGAGUGGCCAGAGGAGAGAAGUGCUGAUGAACAGGAAUGGAAGAGAUGCAGAUGUUGACACAUUUGUUUUAAAUAUAAAUCCUGUUCUGACAGCCAGCGCAUAAUUGCAGGCUGGGGGCAUCAUUUGUGGCCAGGUAGGGAAAAGGUAGCAGAAUGCAUGACCUGCCAUAUUUCCACACAGUUGUCAGUGUGGGAGUAUGGCUUGGUGAGCCUGCACCAGCCUCUCCUCUCCCUUUUUUUCUUAGUUUGCCUGUCUCUUGUGGCUGGUAGGUGUGAAGGAAGGGUUGUAGGAUGAGAAAGUGAGCACUCUUAGGCACCUUUGGAGGCGAGGGGCAUUUUCAGAGGCCAGUCCCUCCAGGCUGUGCAACCUGUGGGGCUGAGUAUGGAAUACCUUUAGGGCUGCUCAGUCUCUCCCACCAGGCAUUGUGUGGCCCUGGGCUAGGGUUCAGAAGUCUCCCUACUGGCCUUAAGAGUGGUAAAGGGUGGUGAUCAAGUACCCUGAGCAAAGUGGCUCACCCAGGUUGGGCAGAGUUAUUGGUGUUCCUGCAAAGCAUUUACCCUCUCUGAGAUCUGUAUUUAAUAAAAGAUAGCUCUAGUUCAACCCCACAAGCUUGUGUUUUGCCUUUUCCUUACGUACGCCAGACACAAAUAUCUUGCAAAGAGGCCAUUUUACUCUUCAAAAGCACAGUGCAUUAUUAUGCCUUUGUCUAGGAUAUCUUGUGCCAUACACUAAACCCUAUUUUUUUUAUUGCUUUCCCCAAUGCAUAACAUCGGUGCUGAAAAAAAAAUUACAAUAUCUUUGGUAUCACAAAAUAAUUCCUGGAUAACCAAUAAUAUUAUGAUAUUAAUACUGUGAUGAUUAUGUAUAUGUUGAGAUUGUAUUUUAUAUUGUACGUCGCCCAGAGUGUCCGUUCAGUUGGACAGAUGGGCGUCUGAUAAAUAAAAUUUUAUUAUUAUUAUUAUUAUUAUAUGGUCUGUUUAUACAUUCCCACUGAAAAAAUAAGGGACCAUUCAACUUGGUUUCCUUAGUAUGCUUUCUUUAAUCACAGGGUACACUGACUACAUUUAGCCUAGAUGUUUUUGUUUAUGCUUGUUGCCAGGAUUAUAAGUGCUUUCCUGCUGUUACAUGUGAACAGAUGCAGUAGGCGUUUAAAACUGCAUUGUGUUUCUUCUUACCUUGGCUUGUUGUGCUUAUAUCUAACAAAAGUAAACAAAAAUCCUUUGUAUUUCUUUGGACACCCUACAUACACUUGUUGAAGUAAAAAAAAAAAAGCAGUUUGUAGUGUCUCCCUGUGACGGCCCUGGGCUCUUUCUGGGAGGAAGGGCGGCAUAUACAUUUAAAUAAAUAAACAUCCAUCCAUCCAUCCUUGGAGUAUAUUGGCCCAGUUUGACAUAUAACAGCAUGCAGCAUGCAAGAAAUCCUCAUUUUCAAAAAAGAUAUUAUAGCCAUUUAUUUCCUUAACAGAAGCCCUUCAAGGCCUUCUGAUCAAAUUCCAAUCAAGUACGGUGCCUGUAUAUUUUUUUGACUCUGACGUACAUGUCAUAUAUAACUUAUACGUAAUACAAUUAGUGAACUUUUUCUUAGGGUGUUUACUCUAGUUGUCUCACAACCCUUAUUGACUAAUAGUGCAAUCCUAUGUGUGUCUACUCAGAAGUAGGGAUGGGGGAGAAUUUUAACUUAGUUUGCAUUUAAAGCCAAAUCUGUCAAAUCCACACUUUCCAAAACAACCUGACAACCAAAACACAGCCAUCCUUUGAAAUUUGCUCUUAUCCCAAUUUUGUGAUGCAGUUCUCCAACCAACCAAUGUUUACAAAAAUGUAUAUAUUAGGAGAAUGUAUUAGUGAACAUAACAAACAAACAUGUAUAAUAUUAGGAUAAAUUGUUUGCAAAAUGUGUAUCUUAGUCAAAACUGCGUACAAAAAUGUGUUUGUUAGGAGAAAUUUACAGAAAAAUAAUGAAGGAUUUUCAUGAUUUAAAAAAAAUGCAGACUGCUGCAGAAAUGUGGAGAACUUAAUUUAAGAUUGUAAAAAUAAGAAACAGAGAACCGAGACUGACAGCUCCUUCCAUUCCUGCUCAGAAGUAAGUCCUACUGAGCUCCAUGGGGCUUACUCCCAAGAAGUGGGCAUAGGGUUGCAGCUCAAGGAUUGAAGUCGUUGAGUUUCUUUAUUCUUGCUAGUGAUUUUAUUGUAUUGUUAUGUGUGUGUGAAUUUUGUUGCCUGUAGGCAACUUUAUUUCAAAAUAAAAUU